AUGGCAAAUCAAACGGCAGACACCACCGUGCAUGCUUCUCCUCCAUUUUUCUUCAGACAUGUUUCAGAAGGACCAGGAGAUUCCAAGUUAUUGUUUAAGCUAAUCUAUUUCUUGGAAGCUAGAAACAAUCUCAAAGGAGGCAUCCUUAUUGGGCUUGAGUUGCAGAUGAUUGAUGAAGAGCUCAAACGUGGAAGCAUCUACACUCUCACAAACUUCUUUGGAUCCAACAACAAGGUGAUGUAUCGUGUGGCUGAUCAGAAGCUGGUUAUUUGCUUCACACACACCUCUGUCCUGAAAAAGCUUGAAGAAAACAUUGAAGCCAUUUUGGACCAGCGCUUCAAGUUCCAUUCCUAUGCAGAUUUUGAAGCCAACUGCGAUCUAAGAGGGGAUCUUCAUGAUGUUGUUGGUCACCUUAAGUUGGUUGAUGGCCAGCCUCUCCAUCAACGUCCGGCUUUAUGCACCAAGGAUGGCUCAACUUCUCAGAAAAUUAUGGUCCACUUGCAACUUAAGGAUGGUCCAGUUUUGAACAUUUACCUAUGGGACCAGGCUGCGGAAAAUUUCCGACGCAAGUUCGAUGAGAGUGUAACCACCCCAAUCGUUCUGUUGGUUACAACGGUUAAUCCGAAAAGGCUUGGUGUCAACACAUUUGAAGUUGUUAAUGUUGAAACACUCACAAUACGUGAGAUUGUUGCCUUCAUCAAGCAUCAGCCUGCUAAGAUUGCCUACUUUGACUGCAUUGCCACAAUUGAUGACGUUAAGCUUGGGACUGAGUGGUAUUACAUUGCUUGCAAAGUUUGUCAAACAAAGUUAACUCAUGGGCCUACAACGUUGAUGUGUCCAAAGUGCUGCAAUGAAAAUGCUACUGCAUCGGCCAACUUCCGCGUGGAAUUGUCCGUCUAUGAUAAUGAGGAGCAGUGCACUUUCAUCAUUCUUGGCGAUGCUGGGAAAGAGCUAACAGGUCAAAAUGCAACAGAAUUAAUCGAUAUGUAUGCUGAGGAAAAUGGUGGUGAUGGUGCUGACCAUGAGGUCCCACUACCAUGA